GGGCUUCUUAUCACGAUAACGAAUUGAGCCGGCAGAAUUCCUUACCGCUUUUCUUGACCGCCCUUGCCUCACGCAUGAAUGAGACGUUGUUCAACACGUCUCAAGACGAGCUUCCUCUCAUCGCGGCAGAUUCAUCCUCACUGAAUUCUUUUUUUUGAUGCUUCGUAUAUAACCGAAAAUGGCGAGUCUAAGGAUGGGAAGUAUGCCGUCGUUGCGGCGACAGCAUCUCCUGGCCGAAUUCGCCGGUCUGAAGCAGGCUUGUCCGGAGGGGGUCUUUGUGAGCUUGACGCCAGGAGAUCCGAUGCUGUGGUCUGGCGUCAUGUUUGUGAGGCACGGACCCUACGCCACGGCCAUCCUGAGAUUUCAGAUUUCGUUUCCAGACACAUAUCCCCGACUACCGCCACUCGUUACCUUUUCAACAGACAUCUUCCACACCCUCAUCACACCAUUAACGACGUACAUGUACACCACCGACAUCCAGGACAACGGCACCGUCAGCGCCACCGACGCAGAGCGCUUGCCUCCCGGAGGCUUCAGUCUGCGACACGGAUUCCCUGCUUGGUUCGGACGGGGCAGCAAAAGCAACGCGGGCAGCCGACAGGUCAGCGGCCAGCAACAACCGCCCGCAACUCCAGCCAGAGGCGGCGGUGGACCAUCCAGCACUACCUCGACGCCGAGCUCAAAGGCGACGCCUCUCGGGGGUCGGCCGGGGUAUCUAGACACUUCAAGGCGGGAGGUCUCUACGUACGAGGUUUUGCGAUAUAUCCGGAGCACGUUCGACGACGAAAAGGUGCUGGACUCGGUGCCGCUCGAAGCCGCGGGGAACCCUGGCGCGUGGCACGCAUGGAGAUCACGGCAGCGGCAGGCGGGCAAGAGUUUCCCUGGCGAUCCGGUGCCACAAGAGAGGAAGGAGGAGGAGCAGGAGGGUGAGAAAGCGGCAGAGGCCGCCGACGAAUCUGCUCAGGAGAAGAAUGAAGGGGAAGGAGAAGGAGAAGAAAAAUUGGAGGAGGCGCCGCCUCCGCUGCCCGAAAGGAAGCCUUCCACAAGCGGGAGUGUUCACUCCAUCGUUAGGAAACCUAUCGGCAGUGCGCCUUCCGUCUCCAGAAAGCCUGGCGAAUGGAACUGGGAAGGUGUUUGGGAGGAUCGAGUGCAGAAGGGCAUUGCGACGUCGCUCUCUGAGGCGGUCUUGUAUGGGGCGACGUCGGGUGGCGAUGAUCUGAUCAACUUCCUUGCAAUGGAGGAAGGCGACGUGGACGCCGUGAGGGAAAACUUGCAGCGGACGUUGGGAAGCAGCUCGGCGACACCUGAGGAACGCAGAAGCAUGCAGGGCGUGCCUGCGGCGGAAUGAUGGAGUUGACUUUGCUUGAAAGCGACUACCUCCAAGACUUCAUGACAUUACCUACCUACGUUUCUGAGCAUGCACAUCCUCCUCCCUCUUUUGUGCGGAUGGGAUGUAGACGUGCCUGGGUACCUUAGCUUUAUUCUCUUCUUCCACGUAGCCUUACCACGUACAACCCUUCAACGACCCCUGAAUAAUAGAUCAUCAUUCCAGGA